CACCGUGUCAGUUACUCUUGUUCCUCUACAGUUCAAAACAAGACUUGGUCCAGACUGUCACCAUUAAUAGAGUAAUGUCAGAUAAAGGAUCUUCAGCUACUGUCGGUAAUUUAUAACAAUGGAAAACUGGGCAGUUCCAGGUGAAAAGAACAUUCUAGCAAAGAAGCGUCACAUUCAAGAUGAUUGUGGUAAUCGUGACACUUCUCCACCCAAGGUUAUGACCACGCCCAGCAGGUCAAGAGGUAGGACUCCUGAACUAAAGGAUGGUGCCGGGUCAGUUAGUGAGACCUCAGCUGAAGAUAGAAAAGCCAGCAGAACCCCAGGAGAGGAUAGGAACACCCCCAGAACCAGGUCAGCCAGCAGAACCCCAGCACAGGAUAGGAACACCCCCAGAACCAGGUCAGCCAGCAGAACCCCAGCACAGGAUAGGAACACCCCCAGAACCAGGUCAGCCAGCAGAACCCCAGCACAGGAUAGGAACACCCCUAAAACCAGGUCAGCCAGCAGAACCCCAGCACAGGAUAGGAACACCCCCAGAACCAGGUCAGCCAGCAGAACCCCAGCACAGGAUAGGAACACUCCCAGAACCAGGUCAGCCAGCAGAACCCCAGCACAGGAUAGGAACACCCCUAAAACCAGGUCAGCCAGCAGAACCCCAGCACAGGAUAGGAACACCCCUAGAACCAGGUCAGCCAGCAGAACCCCAGCAGAAAGGGGAAGUACUAUUAAGAAAAAAUCAUCCUACGGAACUCCAGUGCUAGAGAAGAGCACAAUCAAAACACAGUUGUUUAAGGGAAGUCCAGUACAGGUGAAAGGCACCAGUAAGCCAGGAUCUCUCAACAGAACUCCAUUAAAGCAAAUAGUUACUGGGAAGAAAGGGACCCCAGUACUAAGACAGCCAAGAUCAGUUAAAGAAAGUACAUCCCAACAAGGUACUGGUAAGACUAGAACAUCUAACAAAAUUCCAGUAUUACAACGAGGUACUGCCAAGAACAGAACUCGGGUACAAAAACAGUCAAGCACGAGCAAGACAGGAUCAUAUAAGAGAACUGUAGCUUCAGAGAAACCUGUUAGUAAGUCAUCAGCCACACAACAAAAGAAAAAUUUUAAUAAAAUCACGACACCACGGCAGAAAAAAACUGCUGGAAAAAUAACAACAUCAGAUGAACCUCUUGGGCAGAAUGAAGAUAUCGGGGAGAAGAAAGAAUCUGACAACUCAACGAUAAAUGGCAGAAUUACAACAAAAGGGGAGAUGUCUAAUUGUUCAGAUGAAGGCAAAGAAAACAGCGAUAAUGGUAAAGUUGAGAAAUCAAUUAAUAAUGAAAACAUGACAGAGGUAAAACAGAAAGAGGUAUUGGAGGAAACAAGUUUAAGUGAAAGAAAGAAGAGACGAAUCAAUGAGGAUGAAAAAGAAAAAGUACAAGAGGAAUAUCAAGUUCAAGAUACUGAAACAAGGUCUCAGACAACAGACACAUCACAGGAGGAUUCGGGACAAGAUUCCUCAGUGGAAGCUGUGGCGCCAUCUGUUAAACAAGGCAUUCAAGCAGAGGUGGAGAAAGUGAAGAGAAGGAGAUCUACAAUUGGACGAGGAAGGAAAUCUAUCCAGAGCAUUGGGGGAAGGCAGUCUCUCUGUGCUGCUCUACCUGCGUUGAGUCUGGAAGACCAAAUUAGCAAAAUUGACCAGGGACUGCCCUGGUGUUCCAAAGUAAGUCAUCUUAUUGAUAUUAGCAUCAGAGAGGCGAUGCGAAUCCUGGGGGCUCGUUGUCCCGGAGACAAGUGUGUGUCGGAAUUGAGGCACGACAUUCUACUGAAAUCAGAGGACCUGGCUGGAGAAAUAGCAUAUAAGAUCGCUGGCCUUCCCUUAGUCGCUGAAGCUCCCCUACCUAACACAUCAUCAUGCACAGAGGAUGUAACAAGCAUGAGCAGAAUGGCAGCGUAUAAAAAGAAGACAAAAGAGCUGGAACAUGAAUACAAGACGUGGAAAACUCUGUUGAAAGAGAGGAAGUUGGCUUGUCAAGCUGCUCAGAGGGAGUUCCUUGAAGCAAAAUCAGGAGAGACAAAAAUUGAGGAAGAGCAAGCCAAUCACCUGAGCUCUCCACUGCGGAUCAUCAUAGCCAGUCGACCAAACUAUCAACAGUAUUUACAGGAGGUGAGGACAGUGCGAGAAAAGGCAGUGUUGAACAUGCAAGCAGUGAAGGACAGAGUACAAGCUCUCUCUGGUUUUAUCACAGCAACCAAAGCUCAAGCCAAGAGUUGCUGCUCUGCUGUUGAAGAGAUGAGUUUUGGAUACUUGAAAAACCAGCCAACAAAAACAUUACUUGCUUCACUGCUACAGAGCCACAUACCUGCCACUGGUGACUGAAGUAUGAAUGUGGCUAUGGACCUGUAUGAAGUAAUUCUUUUAUGGGGAUCAGCUGUUAGUGUCAAGCCUGUUUUAGCACCAAAAAUGCUUUGUACAUUAACAUCUUAACUUUUAUGUCUGCAAAUGCUUAGGUACCAUUACAGUGAGUGAGGGAUUGUAACCAUAACCUUCCACUCCUAACAUUCUCGGGGCUUCAUCAGUUCUCCCAGAUUUUGUAUCUCUCUGAAGACCUCAACUUUGGUUUGAUUCAUUCAUCCCAGUCCCUGCCUUCCCCUGGCCAUAUUACCAUCAAUUUUACCUAUUUAUGUCCAUGAGAAUAUGAAGGUAAAACCGGGUCCUAUAGUCACUGCUGUUUGUAUGAGAAAGUUUGGAUACAACACCCUACAUACUGAUCUUUCAAUACACAAGAGGUAGUAUGGUUGAUAUUACACUUAACCACUUUCACUUCUCAACUGUAAAGUUAGGUACAAUAUCUAUUUAUGGCUGAGGGAUCUGGGAGUGCCCCCAGGAUCGAACCAGCACCAGGAGUCAAGUUUUGUAUCUACUAAGCUACCACCUCCCCUGGGAGUAUGACAGUAACUAAAGACGUCUGUGAUGAUUAACUACCAAUGUUGAUUUACUGUGAAGGUUGACACAUUCAUCAGUGAGAGAGGUGGCAUUCUACUUGUGUUACAGUUUUGUGUUACCAUGAGAAACAGCGGUACAGUAGUUGCUGGCCAGAUGGGCCCCGGCCCUACUGUGUACCAAUCUAAUGUACUGUACAGUUGCUCACAUAUGUAUUGUUCCUCACUUCACAGAUGAUUCAGUACAUGGAGCAACACUACAGUGUUAGUUAAGGUACCCCUACCCCUCCACCAUACCUGAGUUGGGGUGCCAUGACUGUUGCCACAUGUAUUGAGGUGCCUGUGAGAGGAGGGACAUUACAUACACAGGCAACUGUACCAUAACAGUGGGAUCUAAUAGGACUGGUUUCCUACUAGUGAGAUAAGGAUAGGUUGGGGUCCUGUAGAAAUAUUCUGUAUGUGCCGUAUGUGAGUCUUUAGGAGUGUGAUAACUUCUUGGUUUAUAUUGGGUUGUUACAUGAUGGCAGUCAUUGCCAUAAAAUCUUAGGAAAAUACAGUACAGUAUAUAUUGAUAUAAGAUGCUCAUCUUUUUUAUAUGUUUAAUAAAUAUUUGGAAGUAAAAAAUUUUAAUUUUCUUAAAUAGUCAUGAUGAAAGACACAGUAGUUAAUACCUCUAUGUGAAGAUGGUCUUUAAAGAUACAGUACCUGUAACUUGCUACUUAAUAACACCAUUUAUGUUUGCUUCUUAAAUCUUUAUUCAUGUACAGGUAUUUGUUUUCCUUCACCAGCCAACUGUAACACACAUUAAUAUACACUUGUCUUACUGUCUCCUUUUAAUAUAGCAAAUAGAUUACUUUCAUAGAAACUUAUGUACAUUUCUUUCUCCUCAUCAUAUAUAAUUAUACAAUACAAUACAGUCUGAAUAGAGAAUAAUAUGAAAUAAAAAGGCUUUAAAUUA